AAUACUAAUUGUCAAGUUGUGUUUCAAUUUCAUAAUUUUAAAAUUUUCCAAAAAAUAUCUGAAAACUCUUUCAAUCUACAUAUAUUUGUAUUGAACAAUUUUAGUUAAGACAUGUCUAUCUUAACACAUCUACGUAUCCCCAAUGGCCCAACGAGAUGUCUUCAUAAAAUCCGUCAUUAUGCCUCGCAAGCCAUCAACCAAAUGAUACAACUGCAACACACCGAAAUAUGUGCCGAUCCACCAUCGAGAGGUCUGGUCUUGGGUGUCUAUGCCGAGGAGGAGGAUAAAAAUGAUACAGGAAUUCUGACACCAGCUGCUUGGCGCUAUAAUGUACAAAAAACCGCUGGACGUUUGUUGGAGGUUUUGCGAAUGUCUGGUCCCAUGCCCAGGGUGGGUGAGGCACGCCUACUUUUUGCCCAGGAAACGGAAAAGAUACCCUAUUAUUCGGCCGUGGCCAUGAUUGGUUUGGGCAAGGAAUGUCUGGGCUUCAAUGCCUAUGAGGUACUGGAUGAACAAAAGGAGGCCAUACGGAGAUCGGUGGCCAAGGCAUGCAUGGAUUUAGCUUUACUGGAUACAGAUCGCAUUGAAGUGGAGAAUUGUGGUCAUGCCGAAUCGGCUGCGGAGGGAGCUGCUUUGGGUGUAUGGGCCUAUCAGGAGCUACGUGAUGCCAAGAGGCGUUUGGCAGUGCCCUCCAUUGAUUUGUAUACCCACAAGGAUGAGGUGUGUGACAUAGAAGGAUGGCGUAUUGGCUUACAGAAGGCUGCCGCCCAAAAUUUGGCCCGGCAACUGCAAGAAAUGCCCUCGAAUAUUUUAACCCCCACCGCAUUUGCCCAAAAUGUUGUGGAAGUCCUUUGUAAAUCGGGUGUAAAUGUUGAGGUCAAGGUUGAGGGCUGGGCAGAGAGUCAAAUGAUGAAUGCCUUCCUGUCGGUGGGCAAGGCUUCGUGUGAGCCACCAAUAUUUUUGGAAUUGAGUUACUAUGGCACCUCAUCGGAGGAGAGACCCAUUGUUUUGGUGGGUCAAGGUUUGACUUAUGAUUGUGGUGGUCUGUGCUUGAAGGAUAAGCAGGAACUUUUCGAAAUGAGAGGAGAUGUGACGGGAGCUGCUGUGGUGGUGGCCGCUUGUCGGGCCAUAGCCAAUCUGAGGUUGCCGGUCAACAUCCGGGGUCUCAUCCCAGUCUGCGAAAAUGUCCUGGGCUGCAAUGCCUUUCGUCCAGGCGACACAGUGAAGACCAUGAACGGCAAACACAUUAAGAUCCAGGGAACCGAUCACGAAGAUGUUCUCGUCCUGGCCGACACGUUGUUGUAUGCCCAAAAUUUCUGUCCCAAAACCAUAAUUUCCGUUGGCACCACAUCAGGUGCCAUGCAUCAGGCAUUGGGUGAGGCCGCCUGUGGUGUCUUUACCAAUUCGGAAAUUUUAUGGCAGCAAAUAAAACAUGCCAGCAUGCACACGGGCGAUCGCGUGUGGCGAUUGCCUUUGUGGUGGUAUUUUACGAGCGAGAUUUCGGCGGGAGCUUCAUCGGAUGUGCAAAAUUAUGGUGUGGGCACUGGAGGUAAACCCUGCAAAGCGGCAGCAUUUCUACGGGAAUUUGUACCCUGUGGCCAGUGGAUGCAUAUUGAUGCAACAAAUGUAAUGACUACCAAUGGCAGAAACUUUGAAUACUUACGCCGUGGCAUGGCUGGAAGGCCUACAAGGACUCUCAUUGAAUUUAUUGCCCAAAAUAUUUGCAAGGAUACUGCUCCGAAGAUGCCAAGGAAGGGCAAGUAGAAUUAGUAUGUUUUCAUUUGUGAUUGUUUAUGUUUGGAUUUUUUGUAUUAAAUUAAAUGUGUUUUUAAUUUUAAAUAAUUUAAAGAUCA